AUGUUCGAUGAGUACAUUCAGAGUAAAUCCCUCCGCCGCCUGGCGAGGUUCAGCUGCUCCAUUGGAUUUCUGAUUGAGGGCUACCAGGCAGGAGUUCUCGGAGGUGUCCAGGAGACGGAGCCAUUCCUAGACGCAAUUGGCCAUCCCGGUGGCACAGAGACGAUCCCCCUGAUUGCGUCCUCUAGCACGAUCGCAGCGGCCUUUGUGUCAUGUCUUGUUAUGCUAAUUGGAAUGCCGCUCGGCAGACGCAACUGUAUUCUUAUUGGAAAUGCUUUGAUCACAGUCGGUGGAGUCAUACAGGCCGCCUCUUACUCCGUCCCCCAGAUCAUUGUGGCUCGUGUGCUGUGUGGAGCUGGCAUUGCGUUCAUUACAUGCAAUGUACCCAUGUACAUGUCUGAAAUGAGUAUCGAAGCCCGCGAGCGUGGCCCAGAAGUCGCAAUCAACUGCUCAGCCCUACUUCUCGGCGUAGCUCUCUCGUACUGGAUCAGCUUCGGGUUCACUCGAAUGACCAACCAGGUGUCCUGGAGAAUGCCUAUCGCAAUACAGUCCAUUUUCUCUAUCCUCUCUGGCGCCAGCAUGUUCUUUCUCCCGGAUACCCCGAGGUGGUACUAUAUCCGUGAUCGCAUGGAGGAAGGGGAUAAGACGCUGGCACGACUGUACGGUGCAUACCGCAAGGGGAUGACAAACUAUAAUGAUGUCCCAGAGAUCCAGGCCAUGAAAUCCACCAUUAUAACGAGCUUCAGAGUGGAAGAAGAGUCGGAGACUAAGCUGACCUUGCUUAGUAUCGUUUGGGACAACACGCCCCUCCGGGUCGGAAAGCGGAUCCGAAUCUCGUUUAUCAUUCUGGGAAUCCAGCAGUCCAUGGGAAUUAAUAUUCUCGUGUAUUACAUGACGCGGAUCUUCUCGGAAGUCGGCCUUUCUGAUUUCAUGGCCUCGCUGAUUGCCGCGAUCUCUCUGACGGUCCAGUGGAUGGGCUCGUGGGUCUGUAUUCCUACGAUAGAGCGCAUUGGGCGCCGGAGGAUUAUGAUAUUCACGGCGUCAAUUGAGACUGUCUGCAUGUUGAUCUUUGUUGUGCUGAAUAUGAUCGAGAAUAAAACUGACGCUACACGCUGGGCCGCCGCCAUGAUCAUGUUUCCAUACCUGUUCUUCUAUGGCUGGGGAUGGGUCGGCUGUCCCUGGCUCUAUGGGCCUGAGAUUGCACCCCUGAGAUACCGACAUAUUGGAUCCGCGGCCGGACUAUUGGGGGUAUGGGUAUUCACCUUCAUUACAGUCUUUGGGGGAGGCAUAGCCUUGAAGACAGUCGGGGCCAGAAUCUGGAUCUGGCCGCUGGUAUUCAAUGUUAUCGCCGUGCCUUUUGUUUACUUCAUGUGUCCAGAUCCCACUGGCAAGACUCUGGAGGAGAUCGACCAGCUCUUCGCCAAAGACGAUGCACUCCUCGAACGGCUUCAUCAUUCAGUUACCGAGAAGGUGGGUGUGCAGGAAAUGGAGAACAGCACUUGA